AUGUGUAAGAAUAUAUGGAAAAUUAUAUGCAUUGUUUUAAUUAUAAACUCUUCAUUUGUGGUAAAUGUAAAUUGUGAGUCCAAUGAUAAAAAUGAUGAUACUAAAAACAACAAAAAUAUGGGUUGUGGUGGUGGUACUAAUAAAUCACUGCCAUCCGUAAACAAACCGCUAAAUAGUUGUUGCAGUGGUAAACGAUCGGGAAAUGAUGAGUGCAAACCAAUAUUAGAUCUCAAUCACAUAGGAAGUGAAGGCAAAAACAAAAUUCCAUUUAUUUACAAAUGCUGUAUAAAUCAUGAUACAUAUGAAAACAUAAUUAAUGAGCACUUUAAUGAAGAAAAUCAAAACAAUGCAACCGAUGCCCCCAAAAAAUUGAAUAUGAUGAUGAGUGAUUUAUCUAUGCCUAUGUCAUUUCAGAAUACUACCCAUACUAUUAUUUUAUUCAAAUUUUGGGAAACUACAACUGUUCCAUUUUAUUUCAUAUCUCUGAUAUUAUGCUUUAUAUUUGGAAUAAUUUCAGUCGUGUUCAAAGUUUUGAGACUAUAUAUAGAAAUGGUAUUGCCCACAACAGGUAAUAUGAACAUAUACACCAGCGCAAUUCUAUUUAAAAAUAACAUGAUUAGAAUGAUUUUAUCUUUUAUCAUAUAUAGUUGGGAUUAUUUAUUAAUGCUAAUUGUAAUGACAUUUAAUGUUGGAUUAUUUUUCGCUGUAAUUUUGGGUUUAUCAUUUGGAUACUUUUUAAUGGGAGAAAAAUUUGUGGCAUGCACUAAAAGUUCAAAGUGUGAUGUAGAUCCUCAUAAAGAGCUUUAUGGGGAUCCAGCUUGUUGUGGAUGUUAA